AUGGUAUUAACGACGCAAGAACUGAAGGAAGUGGAAAACACAUUUAUUCAGUUACUCAGAAGUGAAAUAGGACCCCUUUUAAAAUCCUACGCAGGAACAAACUUUUAUUCAUAUGAUGAUAAAUCAAACGGCGUAGAUUUGGUUACUGCUUUAGAUAAACAAAUUGAAUCCAUAAUAAAGGUAGCUUUAACGGCCAAGUACCCCAGUUUCAAAUUUAUCGGAGAAGAAACUUAUGUAAAAGGGGUCACUAAAAUAACGAACGACCCUACAUUUAUAGUCGAUCCCAUUGAUGGUACUACUAAUUUUAUUCACGGUUAUCCCUAUAGCUGUACAUCUCUAGGUUUAGCUGAAAUGGGGAAGCCGGUCGUUGGUGUAGUUUUCAAUCCUCACCUAAACCAACUAUUUCAUGCCUCUAAAGGCAAUGGAGCUUUCUUAAAUGAUCAGGAGAUAAGGGUUUCAAAAAGGCCACUGAUUUUGCAGAAAUCCUUAAUCGCUUUAGAAGGAGGUUCGGAAAGAACAGAAGGUUCGCAAGGAAACUUUGAUAAGAAAAUGAGUACUUACAAAAAUUUACUUAGUGAGUCUGGCGCCUUUGUUCACGGCUUCAGAAGCGCAGGUAGUGCUGCCAUGAAUAUAUGCUACGUGGCAAGCGGCAUGCUUGAUGCUUAUUGGGAAGGAGGCUGCUGGGCUUGGGAUGUUUGUGCCGGUUGGUGUAUUCUCGAGGAGGCAGGGGGAAUAAUGGCUGGCGGAGUCCGUGGUGAAUGGGAUAUUCCAUUAGACAGAAGAUGUUACCUGGCUAUUAGAGGUGGCUGUGAGCCGAUAGAACAGAAGGAAUUUGCAGAAUCGUUCUGGAACCAUGUUGCGGGUGAAUUAGAAUACUGA